AUGACCUCCACCUUGAUGACGCAAGAUGACGCUGCGGCGGCGAUUCUAGCCUAUGCCUUCUCCGGGGCCAUCGGCCCAGUCGAUGGCAAGGGCGUGAACUACGCCCUCCUCAAUACCAUUUCUACAGCCUUUACUUGGUCCAUAUCCUUGGAGGACUUUGACGCUGACCCAAUGCCUAUUGAUCGGUAUUUGGUCAAGAUUGAUAGGCGUACGAAAGAAAUCUCCCCUCCUAAGCCUAUUACUCUCUCUGAAGCGGAACUCAAGGAAGUUAUUCUGGCAGCAACAAAGCGACACACAAGCUCUUCAUCCAGAUUCACCGAUGGAUCAUUAAGCACCUCAUAUAGAGUCAACGUCCAGAAUCAUCCAGAAGAAUACGUGGUACAGUUGCGCCACCAUGGAAAAGUGGCUUCCAUGGAUUUUCUCAUGGCUUUGAUCUCAAGGACUAUUGAUCCCGGAAUUCUCCCUGUUCCUACUGUCUAUCCAAUCCCGGGAGAGAUGGAACGGCAAGAGAUGACAGGAAUGGGGAAGCAAGUGACUCAAUUGAUACCAGGCGAGAUGGCAGAUUCAGUCUAUUAUUCGCAACUGUCGCAUGAGCAAAGACUUGCGUUCGUAAAGAGAGCAGCCCUCGCAUUCCAGGCUUGCUGGGAGCAAAUCAGGCUGCCUCAUCCCCCUUUGAUCGGUGAGCUCCUUGGGGACGAAAGCAACGGCCUCGUAAUCGGACCUGACAGACAUUACAGUCUGGGUGGCCCAUUCACAACUGUCCGUGCAUAUCUUCGAGCUUGGAUCAGAUAUUCAUUGUCCACUCUCAUAAAACAGCAAGGCAUUGAUGAAUUCAAGAAUCGGUAUUUAGCGCGUAUCGAAAAUUUUAUUGACCGUUAUGAGUAUGAUAUUCCGGCCGUGGUUGAAGACAUCCCGAUCGUGGCCAUACAUGAGGACAUGGGUCUCCAUAACAUCAUACUUGGGAGUUCCACCGAAAUACGAGCCAUCAUUGAUUGGGAGUUCAUUGCCAGUGCGCCAUAUGCAGCUCAAGAUCAAAUCAUCGAGACUCUCUUUCGCAAGCCUGCCCCCAACCAGUUUGGUCCCGAGCUGGAUCGCGCCAAUGAGCUUCGGGCAGCCUUUUGGGAUACUAUUCCGGAGUGGAAGCGACGAAAUGAGAGCGAAGCAACAAAAACUUUCUUGGACUGGUUCAAAUUUGGGCUUUUCAUGAAACCUGAACCGCUACUGGACGACUUGACGGAGGAAGAGAAGCAGGCUUAUUGGCAGGAAAAUAUUCGGAUCGUGGAAGAGAUGCUGGACCGAUAUGGAGCCACAAGAUCUUGA